GAGACGAGUCCGCAGGGAUGUGGUGAGUCCUCACGAUGCUCUUCGUCUCCUGAAGCAACCCCGAGGUGACACACGCUCUGCGGUGAGAUCUGCAGACUACAUGGCGCAAACCAUCCGUCUUGUGCAGGAGAAAGUCCAUCAUGUGCACAAGCGCUCACUCAAUGCAACAGAUUUGCUCACUCCCGAAGAUCUGCAAAAACUUGCUCAAAUAACUGGAUGUGCCGCUCGAGUCAAAGCUCCGCAGUGCGUCACCACACCGAACCUCAUCACGUACCGCACAAUCACCAGCGUGUGCAACAACCUAAAGAACCCACGCCUCGGUGCUUCCAACACCCCCUUCACCCGUUGGCUGCCUGCUGAGUAUGACGACGGCAUCUCCGAACCCAAAGGAUGGAACAGGACCCGGAAAUUCAACAACUUCUUGCUCCCACUGGUGCGACAGGUGUCCAACAACAUCCUGAGCACAGGAGACGCAGGCAUAAGCAAUGACUCCGUGUAUUCUCACAUGGUGACCUUGUUUGGCCAGUGGAACGACCAUGACCUCACCUUCACACCCUUCUCACCCAGCAUCCGUUCCUUUAGCAACGGGGUGAACUGUGACGAGAGCUGUGAGCACACCGAGCCAUGCAUUCCCAUCCCGCUUCCUCCCGGCGACUCUCGCCUAUCCUUCUCUCAGUGCAUCCCUGCGUUCAGAUCCGCCCCGGCUUGCGGCACAGGAUACAGUGCCUUAAAUUUUGGUGGUGAGACGAACAGGAGAGAGCAGGUCAACGCGCUGACAGCCUUCCUCGAUCUCAGCCAGGUGUAUGGCUCUGAAGAUAAGCUCGCUCUAACUCUUCGCAAUCUCACUGACGAUGGCGGCCUGUUGCGAGUAAACACAGAGUUCAGAGACAACGGGCGUGAGCUGCUGCCCUUCCACAGUCUCCAGGUGCAAAUGUGCGCUACUCGCAAAAGAGUCACCAACGAUACAAACGCCAGGGAGAUUCCUUGUUUCAUUGCAGGUGAUGCCCGUGUGGAUGAAAACAUCGGUCUGACCUCCCUUCACACGUUGUUUUUGCGUGAGCAUAACCGCCUUGCUCGUGCACUGAAGAGGAUAAACCCCCACUGGGACAGCGAGACGCUCUACCAAGAGGCCCGCAAGAUCAUGGGUGCUUACACACAGUUGUUUGUGUUCAGAGACUAUCUGCCGCACAUCGUUGGCACCGAUGCAAUGCGCAGACAGCUUGGCCGCUACCCCGGCUAUAAUCCCUCCGUUGACCCCAGCAUCUCCAACGUCUUUGCAACCGCAGCUUACCGCUUCGCCCACUUAGCUGUUCAGCCAAUUAUGUUCCGCCUGGAUACAAACUUCCGGGAUCACCCUCAGUUCCCUAGUGUACCCUUGUUUAAAGCCUUCUUCACGCCCUGGAGAAUCGCUUUCGAGGGUGGAAUUGACCCUCUGCUGCGUGGUUUGUUUGGCAGUCCCGCUAAACUAAACACCCAGGAUCACAUGAUGGUGACUGCUCUGAGAGACAAGCUGUUCCAGUUUGUACAGCAUAUAUCCUUGGACCUUGGUUCUCUCAACAUGCAGCGGGCACGUGACCACGGCAUCCCUGGCUACAACGCCUGGCGGAGGUUCUGUGGUCUGUCUCAGCCCAAGAAUCAAGAAGAGCUGGGUAGGGUGCUGAACAACAGCGACCUGGCCCGCAAGCUGCUGGAGCUCUAUGGAACCCCCGACAACAUUGAUGUUUGGCUCGGAGGCGUUGCAGAGCCAUUUGCCGAGGGUGGUCGUGUCGGGCCUCUGUUUGCUUGCCUCAUCGCUACCCAGUUCCAAAGGAUUCGCCAGGGUGACAGGCUGUGGUACGAGAAUCCAGGUGUCUUCACCACACAGCAAAGAGCAGCUCUGUCCCGUGUGAAACUGUCCACUAUUAUCUGUGAAAACACUGGGAUUCAAUCUGUCACCCGUGAUGUCUUCAGUGUCACGUCAGCAAGCAACCGGCUCACGCCAUGCACAGCGGCGCCUCGUCUGAAUCUGGCUGCUUGGCGGGAGAGACGCUGCGACUCAGGCAACUGUUUUCCACUCAAUGAAGCAGCCGUUCUGAACAAGGUGCAAAGCCAGGACCUGCAGGGCAAUAAGGUCAUCGAAAACCUCCAGGACGAUGGGGUUGUUGAAGACCUGGAGGCCAAUGAGGUCACAGACGACGUGCAGGGCAAUGAGUUCCAGUAGGGCUACAAUGGCCACCCACCUUGACCUCCAUCAUUUUUGCCUGAAUGAGUACAUCCAUAUCCAGAGAGAAUCACUUGUUCCCAUUAGCUCAUGUACAACAAACAAACCCACUGGAGUGCAAAGACAGCCCUUUCUACAUGCAUUAUCCCUGGUGUCUAUGGGUUUAGCUUCAUCAGUGCAGAAAGUGUAGGCCAAUCUGCUGCUGUACAUUUUGAAGGUCUAUCAGGGAGUUCAGCGUUGGUCAUUGAGAGACAUGGCACUUAACUAAAAAGUCUGCUCUUCACUGUCUGACACACUGAACUUCACACUGU